UGUUAUUGUUCUUGUCUACAUUGUAUAAAACAUUGUCAUUAAUUUACCGGUCAUUACUCAUUACGCCAUUGAUAAAACCUAUUUGUGUAACAGAAUGGGUAAAGUUGCUCCAAAAAAAAAUGAUGGGGCAGUUAAUAAAGUAAAAAUUUCCGCAGAGAAAAAGGCAGCUUUAUCAGAGCAAAAGAAGGUUGAAAGAUUAAAACGUAAAAGUGAAAAACGUCGAAUGCUCAGUAACCCACUAAAUCUUCCAUUACGAUCUCUGUAUGGGGACUUCAAGGAUAAUGAACAAGACAAUGAUGACAAAAAACCAAUCCAAAGACCAUCAAAAAAGCAACCACAACAGGGCAAAAUAACAGAACAUGCAACUAGUGAGACAAAAAAUGCUAGCGAUAACAUAAUAUUGAAAACGGUUGAGGAAACACAAAUUCAGCCUGAACUACAGCAUGGACCUGAGUCUGAAUGUACUACAUUUGAAACUGCUGACAGCCAACAGCAGUCUUUGAUCGAAUUUCCCAACAUUGCUCUCGAGCAACUCUUGGACCAAAUGGAAGUUGAAGCCAGUGCUGAACUUGAGGCAGCCCAAUCAUCCAGGAAUGUUUUCUCUUGUGAAAAGAAAAAGACAGCUGAUGUAGAAUUUACAAAGGCUGACAACAUGUGGGAAGAGAGACAAGAAGAGGUUUAUGUGACAGUUCUAACAUCACAUGCCUCAUCUGGCCAUGAACGGAUAUGUGAUGCUGUUGGAUGUAAGAAUAUGCUCAAAGACCAUCACAUACGUUGUGAGGAUUGCAGACAUCAUUAUUGCUGGAGCUGUGACAACUUGAUUCAUUAUCAAUCACCUUUUCACAAAAGAAUUUUCUACAAAAAUGAGAACUCAAGAGUGUUGGACUUGAAAGAAUUUAUUAACUCAAAGGGGUCUCUCUAUCAGCUAGGUAUAUAUGUUGUCAUUUUAAACUAGACAGUUAGGAAUUUUAUAAUUUUAUUCAUGCAAUGCUCAGCGGUUCCUGUGCCGGUAUUCAAACCACCAGCAUGUAAAGGAUGUCUUACAUCAACAUAAGUUUCGCUUGUUGCAGGACGACAAUUUUCCUGUGUCAUUACAUCGAAUGGAAGAUUUGAUUUAAAUUCCGCCGCUUUCUACUGCGAAAAAUGCAAAUUCACCGGAGAAGCCGAAAUGGCUGACUACAUCAUCUCCGGUUUUUGGCCCCCUGUUCCCGACAAAAUUACCUUUCUGGUGUGUUCUAAUCUCUUAACUAUGUGGUACCAUUUAAAACUGCUUACACCAGGAACUUCCGAGCGAAAGUUCCUUGAAUGUUUAUCAGCAAUGUCAACGGAAGGAUCAAGGUGUCCAACAGUUAAUGGCCCCAUGUUUGCCAAAGCCAGCCAGGCCCAUGAGUUUACGAGGCAUUUGGUUGACACACGCGUUAAGAACAUGGAUAAACUUUUGUGUCGAGUUUGUGUUGAUUUAGAUACCGGGGAGCCUGCCCUUCUCUCUGGCCAUCCUGAUGGAAAUCACAAGCUUACCAGGACUAACCGCAAAAACGAGCGCCCUGCUAGGGCCUGGUACGGGAAUGAGGUCAUUCCUCAGAAGGAAGAAUUCCAGCUACUAAAAGAGUCUAUUGACAAAGUGAAACCCCAGUCCAAGAAAUCAAUUGGUUCGCGUCAACUCUGUGGAAAUUCGGAAUUCCAAGCUUCAAAAGAGGUGUCAAUGCGCUACAAAAGUUUGGAUGAAACCGGAAUUCUUAUGGCCUCUUGCGGUCAUGGCGUCAUUCAUUGCGCAGUGAACAUGUAUGAGGGUGAAACAUACAGACACACGUUGUACGCGCACCAAAAGCUUUAUGAAAAACACUGUAAAUUUCUGGUUAAUGACGUAGUUUGUCACUACUGGCCAUGGUUAAAAGCCCUUGGAGAUAAUCUAAAGGAGUUCAAACCACUUUUUACCGAGAUGUAUCCCUUUCUCUCUCGUUUACAUGGCCAAGCCCAUGCUUGGUACUGUCAGGUAUUAUAUUUUGGACACUGGAGAGACGGAGCAGCUGGGACUCUAGGCGAGGAAACAGAGCAGGUUUUUGCUUGGUUUUCGCGUUAUUACAGCGUAACACACACCAUGAGUUCCUCACGUCGCAACGAUCAUUUGACAGCUGCCAUAUUCUAUUGGAAUUCCAGAAAAGAAAAAGGACUUGCGAAUUUCAUUACGCGACGUUUAGUUACGGCUCUCCAUCGUGAAAGAUUCUAUAGCCAACGUCUUGAGGCAUUAACGUCUGAUCGCAUUAGCGCGUUGCAAGUAGGCUGUACUUGGGGUAUAAUAAGGGUUUUGAUUAAAACAUUUGCCGAGAUUUUUCUGACAGAUUCUUGUAAAUGGAGAACAAAAAUGAGAAGGCGCGUGACCGUGCUUUGUCGCAGCACCUUGAGAAGCGCUGUUUCCAGUAGAUACGACUUUAGUAGAUAAUUCUUCUUGAGCUUCAUUAAUAACAGGAG